UGAACUUUUUAAUUUCAUACUUUUGAAGCUAAUAUUUCAUUGAUGAUGGAUUCCACCUUCGUUGAAACAACUGAAUCACCUUUAUGCUAUCAUGUUUAAGUUGUUCAAAUAAUACUCAAUUAGUGCUGUUAUAGGUUUAGAGAUGUCACCUAAUAUGUAGUUCUAUGUACUGUAUCAUAUAACAAUAAGAUAAAAUAGACGUUUAGAUUAUACUGCUUAUACUUUAAGUUUUAUACAAUAUGCCCAAACUCAAAAAAAGCAAUUAGUUUGCUGAUUUAUCUCCAUAAUAAGAUGAGUUUUGAGAUAUGCUUCUCUAAUUGACUAUUAGAUUAUCACGCAAAUCUUAUUUACUCGAUGAUAAAAAUAUUUCUAUUAAGCAGCAACACCUACUAC